AGAUAGAAACCUGCAUCGCUCUACCAAUCUCCUCUGGUAGAGCGAUGCAGGUUUAUAUCUCCCCUGGUAGAGCGAUGCAGGUUUCUAUCUCCUCUGGUAGAGCGAUGCGGGAUUAUACCUCCCCUGGUAGAGCGAUGCGGGUUUAUACCUCCCCUGGUAGAGCGAUGCGGGUUUAUACCUGUCCUGGUAGAGCGAUGCGGGUUUAUAUCUGUCCUGGUAGAGCGAUGCGGGUUUAUAUCUGUCCUGGUAGAGCGAUGCGGGUUUAUAUCUGUCCUGGUAGAGCGAUGCGGGUUUAUAUCUGUCCUGGUAGAGCGAUGCGGGUUUAUAUCUCCCCUGGUAGAGCGAUGCAGGUUUAUAUCUCCCCUGGUAGAGCGAUGCAGGUUUAUAUCUCCCCUGGUAGAGCGAUGCAGGUUUAUAUCUCCCCUGGUAGAGCGAUGCAGGUUUAUAUCUCCCCUGGUAGAGCGAUGCAGGUUUAUAUCUCCCCUGGUAGAGCGAUGCAGGUUUAUAUCUCCUCUGGUAGAGCGAUGCAGGUUUAUACCUCCUCUGGUAGAGCGAUGCAGGUUUAUACCUCCUCUGGUAGAGCGAUGCAGGUUUAUAUCUCCUCUGGUAGAGCGAUGCAGGUUUAUACCUCCUCUGGUAGAGCGAUGCAGGUUUAUAUCUCCCCUGGUAGAGCGAUGCAGGUUUAUAUCUCCCCUGGUAGAGCGAUGCAGGUUUAUAUCUCCCCUGGUAGAGCGAUGCAGGUUUAUAUCUCCUCUGGUAGAGCGAUGCAGGUUUAUAUCUCCUCUGGUAGAGCGAUGCAGGUUUAUACCUCCUCUGGUAGAGCGAUGCAGGUUUAUAUCUCCCCUGGUAGAGCGAUGCAGGUUUAUAUCUCCCCUGGUAGAGCGAUGCAGGUUUAUAUCUCCCCUGGUAGAGCGAUGCAGGUUUAUAUCUCCCCUGGUAGAGCGAUGCAGGUUUAUAUCUCCCCUGGUAGAGCGAUGCAGAAGCCAAUAGCCAUUCAGCAGUAGUCCGUUUUUCCCUGGUCACUUUUACUGUUCAGUGAUUGGCUAGCAGCUCAAUACAGUCUUUCAGCGAUUUUGUGAGGAUAUGACUACAUGGAUACGUCCCAAAUGGAACCCUAUUCCCUAUAUGGUGCACUACUUUUGACCAGAGCCAUAUAGAACCCUAUUCCCUAUAUGGUGCACUACUUUUGACCAGAGCCAUAUAGAACCCUAUUCCCUAUAUGGUGCACUACUUUUGACCAGAGCCAUAUAGAACCCUAUUCCCUAUAUAUAGUGCCCUACUUUUGACCAGAGCCAUAUAGAACCCUAUUCCCUAUAUAGUGCCCUACUUUAGGUCAGAGCCAUAUAGAACCCUAUUCCCUAUAUAUAGUGCCCUACUUUUGACCAGAGCCAUAUAGAACCCUAUUCCCUAUAUAGUGCCCUACUUUUGACCAGAGCCCUGUGGGAGAUUUAGCCUGGAGAAAUCCAGUCAGUUUUGAGCUAACAUUCCUCUCCUUAACACUCCUUUUGUGGGGGAGGGGGUGCGAUUACACGAGUAUACAAGAAGUGGAAUGUUAGCACAAAACAGGUUCUGUAUUUCAGGUUUAUGGCAGAUUGUGUGUCAUUUGAGACAUAGUCCAUGUCUUCCCUCUCUACACGUGUCCUACUGGCGAACACUCAGUAGCAAACUAUGGAAGAUUUGGCUGAGAUGUACACGGAUUAUAGCAAACAUUAAGAACACCUUCCUAACAUUGCUUUGUACCCCGUUUGUCCUCAGAACAGCCUCAAUUCGUCAGGGGGCAUGGGACUCUACAAGGUGUCGAAAGCGUUCCACAGGGACGCUGGUCCAUGUUGACUCCAAUGCUUCCCACAGUUGUGUCAAGUUGGCUGGAUGUCCUUUUUGGGUGGUGGUCCAUUCUUGAUACACAGGGGGAAACUGUUGAGCGUGAAAAACCCAGCAGCGUUGCAGUUCUUGACAAGCCGGUGUGCCUGGCAUCUACUACCGUACCCCGUUCAAAGGAAUUUCAAUCUUUUGUCUUUCCCAUUCACCCUCUGAAUGGUACACAUACGCAAUUCAUGUCUCAAUUUUCUCAAGGCUUAAAAAUCCUUCUUUAACAUGUCUCCUCCACUUCGUCUACAUUUUACAAGUAACAUCAAUAAGGGAUCAUAGCUUUCACCUGGAUUCACCUGGUCAGUCUGUCAAGGAAAGAGCAAGUGUUCAUGUUUUGUAUACUCGGUGUAUAUAAAUCUGUCUCGGUUCAAUGUCACUCAAUCAUGACAAAUAUAAUCAGUCUUACGGCUUCUCCAUAUCAGGUAUUUUUUUUUGCUUUUCAAAGCAAAACAAAAAUCCAGUGAAAAUACAGUCUUGUUAUAAUUUGUUUUCCAAGUUAUUUAAUUUGACACAUUUCACUUUGUCAAUGUGAUAUGUUUGGUUGUACUGUAGGUGUACAGCAAUAAUCAGACACAGGGAAACCAGUUAAGUGUUAUGUUUAUCAAAAAUCCCUCCAGCCACUGUCGAUGAUUGGUCUUCAUCAGGAUACAUCAGAUCAGGAUACACAAGUCACUCUCUGUAGAAAUGGGAUUAUGAAAGGGAUGUUUACUCCUCGUCAACAACAUUGGCACAUUGCAUGUAGUCGUAAGUUUUACAUAUUGUUUUCUUUCACCUCUUUAGAAAACUAAGAAACAUACUUAUGAUUGGUUCAUUUUUAAUAAUCAUCUUUGUUAAAUAAUGAUAAAACAUUUUAUAAAAACCCGAA